CGAUCCUUGCACCCAACAAAACCUGUGUGCCAAUGGUGUCUGCAGUCCAAUCGGACAAGGACAGUACGAGUGUGAAUGCCAAGAUCAUUAUGAGGGGAUCCAUUGUGAAGAAUCGACUCUCCCUAUGGAGAUUUCUGUGCAUCCGUCAAGCCAGAUAGUCAACAUCAAUGCCAACGUGGAGCUGACAUGUGGUUUCAACAAUGCCAAGCGAUACCACUGGUACAAAGAUGAUGUCCUUUUGCCCAACAGAGAAAAUCAGAAUCCUUUGAUAAUCCUGUCUGUCGCGCCCAGUGACAUCGGGUAUUACUUUUGUCGAGGCUCAGGGAGAAAUGGAGAAACUUUAGACACGAUGCGAGCAUCUGUAUAUGUCAAAGAUCUGACAAAUAUUCAAGUUUUGAAUGCUAGAUUUGCAAUUUCAUUCCGCGACGAGCUUCAUGACAAAACUUCCAAACUCUUUACAGACACGGCGUUCAACAUCAGCACCUAUGUGGCGCACGGCCUCCGAACUAGUACUGGAUUGGAGAGCCUAUCAGUAGUAUGCAGAGCCCUUAGACCAGGAAGCGUCAAAGCUGACAUGAAUAUCUACAUCGAGCGGACCAAUAUGACGGCACUGGAGACACAAGAUCUUAUCGGUCUUUCCCUUGAGAGUCUAGCCAAUGAAUCGAAUGGUUUCCUCGAUUCCAACACCAUUUUAGUUCAAGAUAACGCUAUUUGCCAGAAUAUCUCAUGGAUUUCUCCUCGCUUUGAAAGAGUCGAAUUUCCGGUGGGUGAAAACGGAACUUGGGCAAAUUCAACAGGAAUGUGUCCAUUCAACACUACUCAAGCAAAUGAACCCAUUGGACGGGCUCUCUGUAUCGGCGAUGGUAUUACCCAGAGCCAGUGGCAACCCGUGGAUAAUUGCGGCCCAUUUAGAAAUGUCACAGAUAUACUCACCGAAAUUGCACAGGUAAUCGUAAGUGAAGAAAAUGCAGACGAAGUGAGCCAGCAAGUAUCAUCUGUUACUUCCAACAUCGAAGAUAUCACAUCAGAUGACGUCACGUUUGUGGCAGAGAUAACAUCAAACAUUGUGCAGCAAAAUCUUACAAGUAACAGAGUCCAUUGCCAAUAUUGCGAGCAAUAUAGCUGA